UCAAGACUUUGAGCAAGCUGAGAGCAGCUCAGCCACGCCAACACGAAACUGGACAGCACACAUGGCUGAAGCGGAAGAAGUGGCGGAACUGUUUUGCUGCGGCAUUUGCGAAGAUCUCAUGCUAGCCCCCAUCACGUUGGUAUGUUGCGGCCGUUCCUUUUGCAAGGAGUGCUUGCGGCUGUGGAUCAAAACCAACGCACAACAAGGGGGCAUCCCCCGCUGUCCUGGGGGCUGCACGCAAAAAGUCCCUUUCCGCCUACCACAACAUUCAAUAGCGCUUCGAAAAGCCAUGGAACAGCUGGUACCAGAGAGGUUGGCUGUUCGAGUGAAGGAGGCAGAAGAAGAGGCUUCCGAAUGCCUUGGUGGCUUUAAGGCCUGGGGAGACAUCGCCGCAAGCCGUGACAUCUUGUAUGGCAGCAACAUCAUCGUGCGUCAGGGUUCUCCAGGGAUCAUCGUUGGAAACUGCGAGGAUGGAUGUCAUUUGACCGUGAAGUUCGACGAACGAGAGGAUGGAUCAGAGCUUUGUGUUAAUGUUGUUCCGGAGGCCCUGAUGCUGCCUUUGCCUGGUGGCUUCCGAUUGCAUCAGAAAGUUGUCGCGCUCUAUGAGCUUCUCCUCAAUUCAGAUAUGAAAGUCCCAUUGGGCUCAGUUGGUCACAUCAUUGGAAGCCUCGGGGGAGACAGAGUUACCGUCCUCUUUGAGCCGGCGAAGCAAGCCGCUGAUGAACCGCGAAACAUUCCAGAAUAUCCGGUGAGUGUGAACAUUCGAGAAGUUGCAGCUCAAAGACCCUUGGUGGGUGGUUUCAGCAUUGCUCAGCGAGUGCAAGCAUCAAUGUCACUGGUGGUGGGUAGCAAGGUGGUGGUGCAAGCAGGAUGCCGAGGAACUGUCUUGGCCGAGUUCAGCGAUACGCGCCUCACAGUGGUCUUUGAGACAUCUGAGACUGGCACCCCCAGCUGUUUCAACGUCCUCCCGUUGGAGAUCCUACCCUGGUGCGAGUUGCCACCCCACCUACCGGCUGGAACUUUCGUGAAGGCAGCCCAACACUUGAUGAGUCCUUGCACCAUCAUUGUUCACGCAGGUACCAAGGGCACCAUUCUUGGUGGAGUUGACCCAACUCUUGUCUUUGUCUCCUUCGAAAAUGGCCCUGCUGUUGCCGCAGCGAUCAACACCUUGGAACAGAUUGGAGAUGAGGCAGACGAGAAAUUGGACAACGAGGAGACUGUGGUGCCUGAUGCUGGCGAACUCUCUUCCAUCGAUGCGGAACCAUCAGACGAGGAGACUCCAGAUGCUGAAGCCGGCAAUGGGUUCGCUUGUGCAGUAUCGACUCCCAUUAACUCAUCUCGAGUGACAGCCGUUUUGAACGCGGACUGAUCAACCCGGAACUUUGAAAGCUCUACCAGCAUUUCACUGGCACGUUUGAUUCCUGAAAUUGUCC